UAAUUUGUAAACAUAGAUUUAAAAAGUGAAAUAUCAACACACAUAAUUUAUGCAGUGUUGCCAAGCGUUCAAUGGAUUUGUCAGCUUUAGUAUAUUCGGCAACUAAAAAUUACGGUCACCCCGCAGCCGGUGUUUCUUGGUUGUUGUUUUUGUUAUUUAUUUGGGCGACUUGAAACAAUUUGUGGGCGAUAACAGAUGCUCAUAAAACGCUUACAAUUAAGCUUAUCACAAUUGGCCGACUAAACUUAUCGUUUGCUGUAGUGCAAAACAGUUGAGAGCAGUAAGAGAAGCGAAUAAGACAGCAACGAUGCCGGAAUAUGUUCCAAUUAAGGGCUACGACCAACUGAUGGAUGCACUUAAAUCGCAAUCGAAGAAUAAUUGCCUGAUUUACUUGUAUUUCUUUGGCGAGAAGGAUCAAAAUGGACGCAGCUGGUGUCCGGACUGCGUAGCAGUGGAACAAAAUGUGGAUACGGCAUUCAGAGAGAAUGCGCAUCCAAAUUCGUUGAUUUACACGGUGGAUGUGGGAAAUCGGGAAGCCUGGAAGGAUACAACCAACAAUAAGUUCCGUUUGCAUCCAUUCAAUAUGACGGAAAUUCCAUCCAUCCAACGUUGGAAUGGCGUCGAGCGCUUAGAUGGCGAUCAGCUGCGCAAGCCGUCGCUCCUCGAGCUCUUCUUUGAGGAAGCAAAGCUUGCGAGCUCAACCGACAAUACGAUUCCAUGCAAAUGAAGAGAGAGAGCGACAGAGAGAGAGAGAGAGAGAGAGCGCUCAAAAAAAAGGGGUUGAGUGUGUGUGUGUAUGUUGUGAGUGAAUAAUUGUAAGAGAACGAGAGAGCAAAAUAAAUAUGCGAUUUGAGUUGAACUCAAUGUGCCGCAACUCGACUCAAUUGCACGCCAUUUCAA